AUGCCGCACCUGAGCAUUAUGGAAGCUGGAGAGUGCAUUUGGAAGCCCGGUCCUCGGAGGAUAGAGGACCUUCCAAACGAGGUUCUAUUCAUGAUACUCGACAGAGUCUUGGAUCAUGAGUCACAGAUCGAGGACAUCUUCGUCCAAGAGACCAUAACGUAUGGUUCAAUCCUUAGAGUCCAAAAGCUCCGACUGGUGUCCAAGAGGUUCUGUCGCGUCGCGGCUCCACUGCUAGGCAAAGUCAUAUCCAAGAUCAAUUGGCCCUUGACUGAGAAUUAUCUGACCCGGCUUCGCCAUCUGAUCUCUCUUGAAGGUGUCGGGCCACACGUCAAGCACUUGAACAUCAGUGCAGAUCUCCCAUCUGUUGAGGUCCAUGACCACCUGGUAAGUGUGGCACAAAGCAAAGACGAGCUGUUACAGCCAGCCUGCAUGGACUUUGCCAACCUUUAUGCUUCGGAAUUCCUCAUUGACCAUCUUGUCUUCGUAAGCAAUGGAUCUGACAAGACAAAGCUAGGAGAGGUUUUCGGGCUCUUAGGCAACCUGAAGACUCUGCAACUGAAGACCCAACACCGCUUAUUCCGUCCUGGAUGGCGUAGCUCUGGGGAAACCCACGCCACAGACAUCGGUCUACAGAAUUGGAUAGUGAACAAUCGGCCGAAUAUAACUAGGAGUGGGAGAAUCCGCAACCUCAACGAACAGAAAACGACACGAGCUGUCUUGGAAGUGCUUGCUGCGACCGGAAAGAAAGUCGAGUCUUUCUUUUGCAAUCAUAUGGAUCACGGCACUGCGAUUGUCUCUGAUCUGCAAGCACCAAUCUAUGCAAAUCUAGCGACGGCAAUGUCUAGUGUGAGGAAUCUAUCGGUUACCUUCCUCGGUACUCCCUCGAGCCCCGGAUUUGUCGAGAAUCCUUUAUACCUUGCGAACUACCUGCGCAUGUUCCGCCGCUUGGAAGUCCUCGACCUCUUCAUCUUGCACGAUCAAGCAUACACAACCCAAGUCAUGCUGACCACUGCGCAGCAGUUAAAGCAGUCGAUGCCAUUCACGCUUCGCAAGCUAAAGCUGACAGCGGAAAACCUCAAUAUGGAGGAAGUCAUUCAGUUCAUCGAAAUCUUCGCACCCAGUCUACAGCACCUGACGCUGAACGUGGGACCCUUCCCACACGGCGAAUGGAGCGAGUUCUUCUUUGACAGCCGCAUCCACCGUUUGUCUUUGGUUACACUCUACAUUCACAGUAUGGCGGAGUGGGGGCUGGAUGGCCGCGAUUACGAUUUGAACCUUCCGGACCUGGGAGUUCCCUACGAAAUCGCUUGUCGUCUGUAUGUCUUAAGCAUUCGCAAUGGUGGCUAUGAGAUGUGGUGCCGCCGUUCGACACCGGGCUGGUGGGAUAAAGCCGUACUUUGGACUCCAAAAAAGGAGAACCCGCGAUUCUGGAGGGUUCGCGGAACAGACGUCCAUCCCAAGCUUCUUACUCCAGUUGCUUGA